CGAUAAGAUGUACAUACCCUACCCCCUAUAAGAUUUGAACUUGUGACCUCUCUUUCAAGAACACAAGUUCUCCACCACUAGACCAACUCAGACUGCGCCAUUGUUAAAUUCUUAUUAAUAUGCAACUUUUGUUGAAUUCUAAUAAAAAAGUAUGAGCGCACACACACUGUUUGAAGUUUGCCCACUUAGCUGAGAAUAGCUCAGAAGUUGAAAUGGCUGUAGUAUUGAGCCCUCCUACCACACCCUGUUAUGCCCAAGUAAGAGUGGAGGAGACCAUCACUGUUUAUCCUGCACAACCAACUGAAAGAAAGACAAUGUUUCUGUCCAAUCUAGACCAGCAAUUAGUGUUCACUGUGGAGACCGUUCAUUUCUUUGCACCAAAUCCUGCAAUAACUUCAUCUGAAGCUACUCAGAUGAUAAGGGACGCCCUGAGUAAGCUUUUGGUGACCUACGAUUUCAUUGCAGGAAGACUUGAGUUCGAUUCCCAUGAAAGACGCCUUCAAAUCGACUGUUGUGGAGCAGGGGCUCUGUUCGCCUCUGCCUCCACCAACAUAUCACUCUCUGAGCUCCAUGAUAUCGCCUAUCCCAAUCCCUUUUUCAAGAACCUGGUUCUACAGCAAUGUCAUCAGAUCCCUAAUCUCCAGGACUUGCCACUUUGCUUCGUACAGGUGACUCGGUUUGAGUGUGGAGGCUUCUCAAUUGGAUUGGGAACAAAUCACACAGUGAUGGAUGGGAUGAGCGCAGUGACCUUCAUGAAAAACCUUGCUUCCCUCGCUUCAACAAACACCUUGGCCAUCAUCCCCUACACUGACAGAAGCUCAUUAAAAGCUCGCUCUCCUCCAUUGAUUGAAUACCAACAUCCUGAACUCUAUGAUCAUCAAAGCGCUGACAGCUCAGCACUUUUCCCAAAGGUCACAGGAUCCCACACUGUACCAUCCCAUAAUAUCAAAUCGACUGGCCACAUUUUCAAGCUCUUCCGACUCUCUGCCGACUUUGUGAUGAGUUUGAAGAAAAGAGCAAUGGCAGACGGGCGAGUGGCAAAGUGCACCGGUUUCGAAGCUGUGACUGCACAUCUAUGGAAAUGUCGAACAGAGGCGGUGGAAAUGCAGGAAAAGGAGGAACCUUUAAUGUUGUUGUUUGCAGUAGAUGUGAGGGGACGAAUGAAUCCCGGGCUUCCAAGUGGAUUUGUAGGAAACGCUGCAUAUCCUGCCUAUACCACUGCAAAUACUACGGAGAUAAAGAAGGAAUCGCUGUCGUUGUAUGUGGAGAAGGUGAAAGAGGGCAUUGGCAGAGUAAGCGAUAAAUAUGUUCAAUCGGGCAUAGACUGGAGGGAAGUAAACAAGAAGAGUGGUCCUCGAAUGGAGGGAACGUUUAUUGUGUCGUCAUGGUGGAAGCUUGGAUUUGAGGACGUGGAAUACCCAUGGGGUAAACCUCUGCAUUAUGGCCCUGUCCUCCAUGAAAAGGUGAAUAUUGUUCUGUUGCUUCCCAAUAAUGUUGACAGAAAUGGUGUUCAUGUCUUCCUCGCUCUGCUACCGCACCAAAUGCCCAAGUUUGAACAGCUCUUUCUCACUCCUGAACAGUGAUGGAGAAUUGCCUCCUCUAUAGUAUUUGUAUGCAUUGCCAAUUCUCCUACCUAAAUUAGUACUUUUCUGGAGUAGUCAGAUCGAAACUAAGCUGCACCACUUUCAUCUUUGCUUCUUGUCCAUGCUUUUUAUUUUGUGUGCAUAGCUCCAUGACCGUAGAAAGCUGUAGCAUUUUCAUCGUCCCUUCUUAUCCACGUCUUUUGAUUUUGUGUACAUGCUCCAUCAUUUCUAUUCUCCAAUGUUUUUGUGCAUGGAGAACCUAAUGCAUGGAAGAUUAAGGAAAAGUUUUAUGCCAAAGCUUGAUUAGUCAAAUAUUUUGUGUUAUGAUAUUAUGACAACACAUAAAAGAAUAUAUGUGAUAUGUUAGGUUUUGAGUUUUAAA